AUGCCCGGCAAAUUUGAAGGUCAAGGUCGAAUGAUGUCAGUUGGUCUGGAGUACAUGCAUAAGUGGAAAUGUUUUUGGUGCGCUACAGAAUAUGAGGGGCAUAUGGAUAGAAAUCUCGUCGAAGCGUUCGGUGAAUUAUUCACUUUACUACAGGCAUGUCAAGAAGUAUUAACAUGGAAAUAUUUCAGUCUGCAAAGAUGGUAG